CUCUGCAUCCUGAAGGGGAUCUACCCCCACGAGCCCAAGCACAAGAAGAAGGUGAACAAAGGCUCCACCGCUCCCAGGACCUUCUACCUCCUCAAGGACAUCAAAUUCCUCCUCCACGAGCCCAUCGUCAACAAGUUCCGGGAGUACAAGGUGUUUGUCCGGAAGCUCCGGAAGGCGUAUGGGAAGAGCGAGUGGGGCACCGUAGACCGGCUGAAGGACAACAAACCCACCUACAAGCUCGACCACAUCGUGAAGGAGAGGUACCCAACCUUCAUCGACGCCCUGCGGGACCUGGACGAUGCCCUCUCCAUGUGCUUCCUGUUCUCCACCUUCCCGCGGACGGGCAAGUGCCACGUCCAGACCAUCCAGCUGUGCCGCCGCUUGGCCGUCGAGUUCCUCAACUACGUCAUCGCCUCCCGCUCCCUGCGCAAGGUCUUCCUUUCCAUCAAGGGCAUCUACUACCAGGCAGAGGUACUGGGGCAGCCUGUCACCUGGAUCACCCCCUACACCUUCUCCCACGAUCACCCUACAGAUGUGGAUUACCGUGUGAUGGCCACCUUCACUGAGUUCUACACCACCCUGCUGGGCUUCGUCAACUUCCGCCUCUACCACUCCCUCAACCUGCACUACCCCCCCAAGAUCGAUGGCCAGGCUGAUGUUGAGCUGAAGCCAGCGGAGGGCAAGGAGUACGCCAUGGAUUCAGAGAGCUACCUGGAGAAACUGUCAGCUCUGAGUGCCAGCCUGGCCCGUGUGGUGGCACCGACCCACGAGGAGGAGGUGGAGAUGGACGAGUUCCCGGUGGAGGGGGAGACAGCGGAGCAGAUGGAUGCGAGGAAGAAGGAGCAGGAGGCCCUGGAGAAGCAGCAGAAGCUGUUUGAAGGGCUGCGCUUCUUCCUCAACAGGGAGGUGCCUCGGGAGCCUCUGGCCUUUGUCAUCCGGUGCUUUGGUGGGCAGGUCUCCUGGGACAAGUCCCUGUGCAUCGGUGCCACCUACGAUGUGAACGACCCCUCCAUCACCCACCAGAUCGUGGAUCGGCCCCGCGUGGAGAAGCAGGUGGUGGGCAGGUACUACCUGCAGCCUCAGUGGGUCUUCGACUCGGUCAACGCCAGGCUCUGCCUCCCGGUGGCCGGGUACUUCCCUGGGGAGCUGCUGCCCCCCCACCUCUCGCCCUUCGUGACCGAGCAGGACGGGGACUAUGUCCCCCCUGAGAAGCUGAGGCUGCUGGCCCUGCAGCGUGGGGAGGAGCAGGGUGAAGAGAGUGAGGAAGAGGAAGAAGAAGAGGAUGAUGACAAUGUCAAGGAAGAGGAGGAUGAUGAUGUCGAGGAAGAGGAGGAGGAAAAUGAGUCUGAAAAGGAAGAGGAGAUGAAAUUGAAGAAGAUGGAAGAGCAGAAGACACAGAGUAAUAAGGCCCUUCCUGUGAAGGUGACAGCUGGGAAGCUGAGGCUGGAGGACAAGCAGCGCCUGGAGCAGGAGCAGCAGAGCGAGGAGAAGCGUCUGGCCAUCAUGAUGAUGAAGAAGAGGGAGAAAUAUCUCUACAAGAAGAUCAUGUUUGGCAAAAAGCGCAAAGUUCGAGAGGCCAACAAACUGGCUGCCAAGAGGAAAGCCCACGACACGGCCCUCAAAGAGGAGAAAAAGAAAACCAAGAAGGCACGACGGGCGUGA